AUGUGUUCUCGUCGCCACUAGAUUGCCACGUGAAUAGAAACUUAGUUAGGCACAUAAAAGAAUUGACCGGUCCUCUUAGAUGCGGGGUUUCGAGAAAGACCAAAGUCAGCCGCCUCGUCUGGAGUGUCUGUGCAAAAUCACAAGGGAUAGAAGGCCUUCCAAACCUUUUCUCACUGUGUAAACAAGACAUAGCUAUAGUCCAUAUUUUUGAAAGCUUUAAAGUCACAGCACCCAUGUCUUCACCAGGACUCAAUCUCCACACCCAACUAACAUGAUGGUUAAUAUCUGGGCACUCAUUGCACUCGGAAUUGGACCUAUGAUUGCGGCUUCGCCAACUAGUCCAGACGCUGGGCCCUUAGUAGGCCUGAGAUCCGAUUCUUCGAACCCCUCUAGCAAGGGCAAAUGCCCAUCGGGCUGCGGCAAACGAAAUUUUAUUUUCACGGGCCUGCCAUGGAACCAUCCCGCUGUCGCAGCAAGCGGAUUCACCCCCCAGCAGGUGGAAGCCGGCAUUCGCGCAGACAUGGCAGCAAUCGUGAAAGCUGGCUAUAACAUCAAGGCUGUUCUCCUCGGCCCCGAAGAUAGCUUGGACUUCCUCUCAGGCGAAUUGAAGGGUGUAGACUGGACCGGAACUGGUGUUGGUUUUGGCGUUCGGGGGAAUCCGUCGCCAGUGAUCACGCGCCGUCUCAUGGAUGCUGUGCAGCUAUACCGGGACGAAGUGCCUCGGGCCAGGAUCUUGUUCAAUUAUUCUCCUGUCACGUCCCUUUGGGCAAUUCAGCAGUACUAUCCACUCUCUACAGAAUGCGCAAACAACAAUGGAACUGAUUUAGGUAUCGCAAUCCGUUGCCGUGCCUGCUCCCCCUCUGUUUAAAGGCAACAAACUCGAGUGGUUACUUGGCAAUGCCGUCUCGAGAAGCACCGAAUGACAAGCUUUCCUUCAUUGUGGAAUUCAGGCACUAUGUGAACAUUUGAUUGGAAAAUUCUCUAAUA